AGUUUGUGUACGAACGCAAAGCAGAGACUCUCUCCCCUGGAAACAUAAUCUCAAUAAAAAUGAGAAUAAUAACUGCCUGCUACUGCCUUCUUUGUGUUUUAUGGACAGAAUGCAUGUGUUUGAAAGUGCAACGGACAGAGAGGGAGGACGUCACGUUCAACUGUUCACACAAGAAUGCAUACGGUGUCGGACACAGGGAAGUACUGGUGCGGUGUGGAGAGGUUCGGUGUUGAUACGUACAUCGAAGUGAAUCUAAACGUAAAAGAAGCUCCUCUUCAGACAACCGUUGUUCCCACAACUUCAACUGUUUCACUUGAUGUGUCCACCACGUGGACAUAUGCCCCGACGACAAACGCCACUGAAACCAUGUCAUCCCCAUCACCAGAGGACCCGGCCUCACGCUGGCUAACAGAGGCCCUGCUAUAUGCUGCGCUCGGGGCCACCGGACUCAUCGUCUUGUUGGUGCUGGUUGUCUGUGUCAGGAAGUGCAGACCCAAACGCAAACCACAGGCUGUUGAUCCGGGCUGUGCAGAGUCGAACAGUGCAAGCGAGAAUGACUACGACGAUAUUGGCCUGGUCUUGCGCCCAGUUGCACAUGUUCCCAGUGGCAUCACCAGACAUCACAACCCCAAACAAUAUCAAUGUAGAUCGCCGUACAUCUUGGCAUCGUGGAGCAAAAACGGCGCCUCAGCUCAAUCCUCAAGCUCAAGCUUCCCUUCUUCAACUCGCAAACAUCAUCCAGAGUCAGCUCCACCUCCCAUCGUACCUAGAGGCCCCAUUGAUGACUAUGCAAAUCUACCAUCUACACCGGCAAACAAAACCAGACCACGAUACAGUUUCCAAAGCAAAGUUUCUACCUGGGAAUCAAAGGACUUGAGGGCCGUGCCAGUUGCUGUGGGUCGCCGUGAAAAAUCGUAAUUGAAUGGAUAUUCAGAAAAUGGCAUCCAACAUAUUGGUGUUUCUUUUUUGUGCAUGCUGAUCUGUAAUUCUAUGCAUGUAAUGACAGAAGUGCUGGAAACGCAUCUUUCCAUGUGAAAAGCUUGGUCAGAAUGAAAUUUCGUUUGCAUCG